AUGGAGAGGAAUCCUUGGACAAGUGACUCACUUGAAAUUUCAACUGUUUGUUUGACAGCUCAGAGCCUUGAUCUUUAUGAGAAACAGUAUUCAGAAUUGUCUGGAGCGAUAGCUACUUUAAGCAACUCUCACUCUCAGCACUUGGAGAUGUUUGGAAAUAAGGUUACGGAGGAAGGUGAAAAAGAACAGAGGUGGGCCGAGGAAAUAUUGAGAAUACACACCAAUCAAAAGGAUUCUGCAGUUAGCAGCCACAGAAUGUUUGUAUCAGAACAUUUCAUCCCGCAGGUUGGGGUUCUAAAUAACUUGCUUCAAAAACAGCAUCUGAUACUUCAAGAACAAAGCAAGGCUGUCAUUUCUAGUCUUGAACAACAACAAGCAUCUUUGAAAUACUACGUUGCUGAACAUCAAGAGCUGACGUCUGAGCUUUGGAAGAACAUCAAGGUUUUGCUCGAGGAGCUAGUAACGGGUGUUCACAAGGUUCAGGAUAACGUGGUUUUAAUUUCAGAAGCAGAGUCAGCACUGAAUCAGAAAUGGGAAGACAACAUGAAGAUGCUACAACAAAUGUUCAGUUCCAUGCAGGAAAUGAUGACACGUCACAAGGAACACGUCAGUCCUCUUCUACCUCAAAUUCAGGAUGAUCUUCGUGAAACUUCCGUAUCAACCCAGAAAUGUCAAAGUCUAAUAGAAAAUCACAUAACUCAGGUAAAAAAUUCAGGCAACGAGUUUGAAUCAACUUGCAUUCGAGACCUACAGAGUCUUUCGCAGGAAACACAAGAUAGCUUGCAAAAGGGUGAAGGAGAUCAAAUAGUUAAAGACAACAAAGAGAACGUCCUUGUUAAUCCCUCCACAAUGUCCAAGAAAAAGCAUCACGGGAAGUCUUUGCGGCACAUUCCCAUUCCUUCGGGACGUAAACCCCUUCGUACCCCAAACAGCUCUCUCUAA